AUGAUCACGUUAAGUGCGAUAACUUCAAUAUUCUGCGAAGCACAGCGGGAGCCUACCCUCCCUCUUUCCAACAUCAGCUUUCGACAAGUAGCAAGAGUUCUCAGCGAUACUCCAAGGGGCCGCAUUCCCGUAAUAGAGGACAUCGUCAUUCGCCAUUACACAACGAAUGUGACGUCCCCAACGUCUCACAGGAUCGGAAACAUCAAAUCAAUUCUAAAGGACCCUAAGUUUGACAGGAAUAAAUCUACAGUAAUCUACAUGCAUGGCUAUGUGGAGUUGUUCACAGACGAUAGUAUAGUGACUGUGAUGUCUGCUUACCUUCGAGCCGGAGGGUACAACGUGAUGCUUCUGGACUGGUCUAACCUGGCUUUUGGCAACUACAUCAUCAUCGCGAAGACUCUGCCCACAGCUGGAGAACAUGUGGGAAAGGCUCUGCUGAAGUUAUUAAAGAAGGGCCUUCCUCUUAAAAGCCUCCAUCUGGUGGGACACUCCAUGGGAUGUCACCUUGCCUCAUACGCUGCCAGGUACAUAGGCUCAAGAGGAUUCACAGUACCCAGACUGACAGGUCUGGAUCCCGCCUACCCUUUCUACUAUCCCCCCAUUGCAGCUCCUCAUAUGUCUGCCUCGGAUGCAGCCUUCGUGGAUGUCAUACACACAGAUGGUGGAUACUUCGGUACUCCAUCCAGCACGGGUCACGCUGAUUUUUGGCCAAAUGGAGGUCAAUCCAGGCAGCCUGGGUGUAUUUCUGCAACGAUUCCUCUAACUAGUGAAGAUUUCUGCAGCCACUGGCGCUCGUGGACGUUCUGGGCAGAGUCCCUCGUCUCUGAUGGGCUGCUGGCUCGCCGCUGCGUUGACUAUGACACCUUCCUUAGAGGAGAAUGCCCGGAGGAAUCCAUUGCGUCUAUGGGAGUAAGAGCCACUUCAGAUUUACGUGGAAACUAUUACUUACGGACCGGGGCGAAGUCACCGUACGGCCUUGGAGUAAGGGGUGUUAGCUGA